AUGGACGAAACAACUCCUCUCCUUCCUGGUCAAAAUGACCACCACAACGAGGAUUCUACCACAACACAACGGACGACAUCAUCAAGAAUUGUCACCAUCCUCAUCUGGUCGUCCGUCAUAAUAUCCGCCCUGACCUUCUUGUACAGCCUCACCGUCUACCUGGUGGUGACACUCUCCCCUUACUAUGACUUUCUCUCCUGGGGAAUAAAAGAUAGCACCGAAGCCUUGUUCCCUCUGAGCUUCCUUUGCGCGGUCGCCAGCUUGUUCGGCAUCUUCAAAUUGACCGUCCCCAACGGCGGCGCAUGGCUCCUCGUCAACCUCAUCUUCGAUCCCUUGAUCGUAUUGCUCUUUGGCCUCAACCCCGCUCUUGGUACCCCUGGGCUUGCGAACUGGAGACAAUGCGAUGGCCACGGUCACGGUUUUCCAGCUCCAGGGUUCGAGGCGAGAUGUGACGUGUUUGCGAACGCGAUCAAGGCGGCGAUACUCGUGGGGCUUGUGUUUGACAUGGUCAUCAUGACUCUACAUCUGGUCUUUUUCAUCCGCGAUGUGGUGCUGGGGGUCAAAAGACUCAGUCAGUUGAGCUGGGGGUGGAGGUUUCCAACUGUUGAGCAAGUCACCGGGAUGUGGAAGCCUUCGCUUAAUUUCAUCUCCCUUGAUUUCGUCUCCCUUAAUUUCAUCACUUUGCAUUAUGCGUACAUCAUCACUCUGAGCGUCCUCAGUUUGGCCAUCAUCUACCCAUAUGGCAACCUCCGAGCCAUCGACGCGUUCUUUUUCGGGGCCAGUGCCUGUACAGAAUCCGGACUGAACACUGUUGAUAUCAAUCUCUUGAAAACGUAUCAACAGGUCUACAUCUAUAUCGCUCCCAUUAUCACCAAUCUUGGUUUCAUCAACAUUCUCGUGGUGAUUGUACGGCUUCGCUGGUUCGAAAAGCGUCUGAAGGAAAUUGCCCCUGCCUUUCUCCGUCAAAGACGGAAAGAUGACGCAGAGGCGAGAGGGGACAGUACUUCGAAGACGGUGACAACUUCAGACCCCACAACUACAGAGAAACAAGACUCUUUUCCGAAUGAGUCGCAGAGUCCGCCUUUGCGCAAUCCAGAGUCCCGGUUGCGAGCUCCGAGCAUCACCUUUGCCGAUAAUGUGCAUGAUUCCAGCCGGGACAGAGCUCUAUACGUUCCUCCUCCCUGGCAACGUGAUCGAGGACACCCCAUCGUGGAAGUCGACGAUGCGCUGAGCGACUGUGAGCGAACCAAAUCCACUGACGCCCAGGUCAACGCCGGAACUUCUCGCCGGCGGUUCAAUCUGGCUCGGACGGAUACCAUUGAGCGAGUUGCGUCCACGAUGUUUGUCAUCGGCCCGUCCCCCAGCCAUGGCCCCAAGACGCAGUCACAGCCCCUAGACCGGUCCCUUUCGCAGCAGCUGGACCUGCCUGAACUGUCGUCGCAUGCUACGAUCGGCCGGAACUCGCACUUCUAUAACCUCACCGACGAGGAUCGAGAGAUGCUGGGAGGAGUAGAAUACCGCAGUUUGAAACUCUUGCUCAAGAUCGUCAUUGGGUAUUUCUUCGGGCUUCAUCUCUUUGGCGCAAUCUGCCUGGUCGGUUGGAUCCAGCACGCAAACCCCAAGUACCGCGACUACCUUGCCCAAUGCGGCCAAGGCAACAUCUGGUGGGCCUUCUAUUCCUCCCAGACAAUGAUAGACAAUCUCGGCUUCACCCUCACCCCCGACUCGAUGGUCAGCUUCCAGGACGCAACCUUCCCCCUGAUCCUCAUGAGCUUCCUCGCCUUGGCCGGCAACACCCUCUAUCCCUGUUUUCUGCGCUUCGUCAUCUGGACCAUGUCCAAGCUCUGCCCGCGCCACUCCUCCAUGAAAGAAUCCCUCCUCUUCCUCCUCAACCACCCCCGCCGCUGCUACACCCUUCUCUUCCCCAGCAAACCCACCUGGGUCCUCUUCGGCAUCAUCUUCACCAUGAACCUCGUCGACAUCAUCCUCAUCAUCGUCCUCGAUCUCCACAAUACCACCGUCAACGUCCUCCCCGCGGGCCCCCGCGUCCUCGCCGCCAUCUACCAGGCCGCCUCCACCCGCCACACCGGCACCGCAGUCUUCAACCUCGCAAACGUCAACCCCGCCGUGCAGUUUAGUUUGUUGGUAAUGAUGUACAUCGCCGUCUACCCCAUCGCUAUCAGCGUCCGCGCCUCGAAUACCUACGAGGAGCGCGCGCUAGGUAUCUAUGGCGACGACGCGGCUACCAUCGACGAGUCAGACGGCCGCUCUUACGUCCUCGCCCAUAUCCGCAACCAGCUCACCUUUGACCUGUGGUAUAUCUUCCUGGGGAUCUUUUGUAUUUGCAUCGCGGAGUCGGAUCGUGUCAUGGAUCCGAAUGAGCCGUCAUUCGCCGUGUUUCCCAUUUUCUUCGAGGUUGUUUCUGCGUACGCAAACGUGGGUCUGAGUCUGGGGUACCCCACCGUGAAUACCUCCCUCAGCGGGCAGUUUUCCGUCUUCAGCAAGCUAGUUAUCUGUGCGAUGAUGAUCCGCGGGCGGCAUCGGGGACUACCGUACCAGCUGGAUCGGGCGAUUGUGCUGCCCAAUGAGCAGUUGGAUGAUAGUAUCGAGGGGAUUGACGAUGUGAGGUCUGUGAGGCGGAUGGGGAGGAUUAAGCGGUUUCAUACUAGCUAG